AUGAAACAAGGUGGCCAUGGCUUCUCUGUGGAGCUCAUCCACAGUUAUUCUCCUCAAUCACCAAUGUAUAACCCGAACAUCACCGACUUCGACCUUUGGGUUUUCAUCAAUUACCAAAGCGAUAUCCGUAUCAAGUACUUCGAGACCAAAACUAAAAGAAACCUGACAUCAUCUUCGUUGAAGCCAACCAUAACAAUGAGAUCACCGGUAUCUUAUGUUGGGUAUCAAUAUUUGAUAAUGUUUUCCAUUGGCACUCCUAAAGUUCAAGUGCAUGCAACUUUUGACACUGGAAGUAAACUUCUGUGGCUCCAAUGCCAGCCUUGCUCUAAAUGUUAUAAGCAAAAGGAUCCCCUGUUUAAUCCCUCCAAAUCUAGCUCCUACAACUUGUUACCUUGUGAUUCCACCAUUUGUGACAAAAUUCCAGGGAGCGGUUGUUCUGCAUGGCAUGACACAUGUGAAUACAACAUAUGGUAUGCUGAUGGGUCUGUAAGCAAUGGCGACAUAGCAGAGGAUGACAUUACCUUUUUGACCACUGAAACUGACCCUGGCACCUUCAAAAUGGCAAAGACAGUCUUUGGUUGUGGUCAUUAUAAUAGAGGAACUUUCAAUGAGGCAACACAAGGGGUUAUAGGCAUGAGCAUGGGUCCCUCUUCUCUUCUUUCCCAGAUGUCCGGGUGGAUCAAAGGCCAGUUCUCAUAUUGCUUAGUUGAUAAUACAAACCCUUUUUCUAAGAGCCAAAUAUUGUUUGGUGACAGAGCUAUUUUGAUUGGGAACUCUACACCUUUGGCUGUGCCAACCGGGAAGGCUGAAUGGUAUUAUCUUAGCCUUCUUGAUAUUAGUGUUGGUACUAUAAAGCUUAAUAUUCCUCCAGGAACUUUCCAACGUGAUGUUCAUGGUGAAGGUGGUUUGAUUCUUGACACAGUGUUUGGUCUAAGAGUUCUGUAUGGUCCAGUUCAAUAUUUGUCAACUACAAAUAUCCACAAUGUUACUAAGAGCCUCCACUCUAGUGGCUGA